GUUUCUCCUCUGAAGUUGGCUCCAGCCUUAGCAGCCGCAUUGGAUCCCACAGCCUAUUGCGAGACUCCGGUAUACAACCCGGAUCUCUGCCCCAACAUGAUCGCGGCCCAGGCCAAGCUGGUGUAUCAUCUGAAUAAAUACUACAACGAGAAAUGCCAAGCCCGGAAAGCUGCCAUCGCUAAAACGAUCCGCGAAGUCUGCAAAGUGGUGUCGGACGUGCUGAAGGAAGUGGAGGUGCAGGAGCCUCGUUUCAUCAGUUCCUUGAACGAGAUGGACAAUCGCUACGAGGGGCUGGAAGUCAUCUCCCCCACGGAGUUUGAAGUGGUGCUUUAUCUGAACCAAAUGGGGGUUUUCAACUUCGUGGACGACGGCUCUUUGCCGGGCUGCGCUGUGUUAAAGUUAAGCGACGGGCGCAAGAGGAGUAUGUCCCUCUGGGUGGAGUUCAUCACGGCGUCUGGCUACCUCUCCGCUCGCAAAAUCCGCUCCAGGUUUCAGACUCUAGUGGCUCAAGCCGUGGAUAAAUGUAGUUACAGAGAUGUGGUCAAGAUGGUAGCGGACACCAGCGAAGUGAAGCUGAGAAUCAGGGAUAGAUACGUAGUGCAGAUUACUCCGGCGUUCAAAUGCACGGGGAUCUGGCCAAGGAGUGCUGCCCACUGGCCGCUUCCCCACAUCCCCUGGCCGGGACCCAACCGGGUGGCCGAGGUCAAAGCGGAGGGCUUCAACCUCCUGUCCAAGGAGUGCCACUCGCUGGCCGGCAAGCAGAGCUCAGCCGAGAGCGAUGCCUGGGUGCUGCAGUUCGCCGAAGCCGAGAACAGACUGCAGAUGGGCGGCUGCAGAAAGAAAUGCCUCUCUAUCCUCAAAACCUUACGGGACCGGCACCUGGAGCUGCCGGGCCAGCCCCUCAACAACUAUCACAUGAAGACUCUGGUUUCAUACGAAUGCGAAAAGCAUCCCCGAGAAUCGGACUGGGACGAGUCCUGCUUGGGUGACCGGCUCAACGGGAUUUUACUGCAGCUCAUCUCCUGCCUUCAGUGCAGGAGGUGCCCACAUUACUUCUUGCCCAACUUAGACCUGUUUCAGGGCAAACCUCAUUCGGCCCUGGAAAACGCGGCCAAACAAACGUGGCGACUGGCUAGGGAAAUACUCACCAACCCGAAAAGUUUGGAGAAACUUUAG